CUGCGGAGCUGCUCGGGGGAGCCCCGCGUGGCCCGACCUCUGGGCCAAGGGAAGGGCGGCCCGGGGCGAGUUCGGGGCGCCGAGUUGGCGGCUGACCGGCUUGAGGCCGAAGCUGGGCAAGAGCUGCCUGCCGGGGCCCUGUGGGAAGCAGCGCAGAGCCUCCCCCCGCGCCUUACCUACAGGGAGGGGCCCGGCCAGGUGGGAAGUGGCGGCAGUGAAGAUGCCAUGAGAAAUGCUGGCGUUGCUCACAGUAAGACCAGCAAAGAAAUGGAAAACCAUGUUUUCAUGAAGGCCAAAACGCGGGAUGAAUAUCUCUCGCUCGUGGCAAGACUCAUCAUCCAUUUCCGGGAUAUUCACAAUAAGAAGUCUCUGGCCUCCGUCAACGACCCAAUGAAUGCGCUGCAGAACCUGACUGGGGCUCCUCCAGCAGGACCAGGGGCCAUGGGGAUGGCUUCCCGUCCUCAGGGAGCUUCCCUGGCCGGGAUGAGUGGGCUUGGGCCCCCCAUGGGACAGCCAAUGAAUCUCCCAGGGCAGCAGCCUCCUGGACCUGCCGGGAUGGCCCCUCACGGUAUCCCCAACAUCUCUGCCACCAGCCAGCCAACCCAGCUCCAGCUGCAGCAGAUGGCUGCACAGCAGCAGCAGCAGUUCCAGCAGCAGCAGCAGCAGCAGCAGCAAGCCGCCCUGCAGCAGCAGCAGCAGCAACAGCAGCAGCAGUUCCAGGCCCAGCAGUCAGCAAUGCAGCAACAGCAGUUCCAGGUGCAGCAGCAAGCGGCAGCAGUUGCACAGCAGCAAAUGCAGGUGGCACAGCAGCAGCAGCAGCAAAUGCUCAAGUUGCAGCUGCAUCAACAAAGCCAGCAGCAGAUGCAGCAGCAGCAGCAGCAAAUGCAGCGAAUUGCUCAGAUGCAACAGCUGCAGCAGCAGGCUGCUCAGGCCGCUCAAGCCCAGCAGCAGCAGCAGCAGCAGCAGCAGCAGCAGCAGCAGCAGCAGCCAGCACCGCAACCACCACCUCAGCCGCCACCCCCGCAACCAAUGCAGCAGCAGGUGGCCCAGGCCCCGUCUCAGUCGCUUCCCCCUCAGCCCAUGGUCUCCCAGGCCCAGACUGUUCCGGGACAGAUCCCUGGCCAGGUCAUGUCCAUGGCCAUCCUGCCAGCGCAACUAAAAGCCAUGCAGGCCAGAGCUUUGCAGCAGCAACAGCAACAGCAGCAGCAGCAGCAGCAGCAGCAGCAACAGGUGGCUUCCCAAGUCCAGGCUGCCCAGAUGGGAGCAUCGAGCCAGAUGAUCACCGCAAGUAUGGCCCGAGGUGGGAUGCCAAUAAGACCACGGUUCCCGCCCGCCACCGCUGUCUCUGCCACGCCUCCGAGCACCAUGCCUUUGGGUGGACCACAAAUGCCUCAGGUCAGCCAGAGCAGUAUCAGCAUGAUGUCUUCUCCGUCUCCCAUCCAGCAAGCCCAGACACCCCAGCCAAUGCCGCCCCCGCCUCAACCACAGCCUUCUCCUCAGUCUGGGCAGCUCAACUCCCAGCCCAACUCCAAUGUCAGUUCUGGCCCAGCCCCAUCUCCCAGCAGCUUUCUUCCCAGUCCGUCUCCCCAGCCUUCACAGAGCCCGGCAGCUGCCCGCACACCACAGAACUUCAGCGUCCCUUCUCCAGGGCCGCUCAACACCCCAGGCAACCCCAGCUCUGUCAUGAGCCCGGCCAGCUCCAGCCAGUCUGAGGAGCAGCAGUACUUGGAGAAGCUCAAGCAGCUGUCCAAAUACAUCGAGCCUCUGCGCAGGAUGAUCAACAAGAUUGACAAAAAUGAAGACAGGAAGAAGGACCUGAGCAAGAUGAAGAGCCUGCUGGACAUUCUGACAGAUCCUAAGAAGCGAUGUCCUCUGAAAACCUUGCAGAAAUGUGAAAUUGCUCUGGAGAAGCUCAAGAACGACAUGGCCGUGCCCACCCCUCCUCCCCCUGCAGUGCCUCCCACAAAGCAGCAAUAUCUGUGCCAACCGUUGCUGGAUGCUGUCCUUGCCAACAUCCGCUCACCAGUCUUCAAUCAUUCCCUGUAUCGAACCUUCAUGCCAGCCGUGACCGCCAUCCAUGGGCCCCCAAUCACGACUCCGGUGCCUUCCCCUCGGAAGCGGAAGUACGAAGACGACGAGAGGCAGACCAUCCCAAAUGUUCUGCAAGGGGAGGUGGCAAGAUUAAACCCCAAGUUCCUUGUGAACCUUGAUCCCGCCCACUGCAGCAACAAUGGCACAGUCCAUCUCAUAUGCAAGAUAGAUGACAAGAACCUUCCCAGCGUCCCCCCGCUGCAGCUCAGUGUCCCAGCCGACUACCCAGACCAGAGCCCCCUCUGGAUUGACAACCCUCAUCAAUACGAAGCAAACCCUUUCCUGCAGUCGGUGUAUCGCUACAUGAUGUCCAAAUUGUUGCAGCUGCCGGACAAGCACUCUGUCACCGCCCUUCUCAACACCUGGGCCCAGAGCAUCCGGCAGGCCUGCUUAUCUGCCGCUUGACCAGCCAGUCUUGCCAGCUAGGAACCAGAAGCAAGAGACUUCGUGGGCUUGGACCUGGCUUUCUUGCUUUUGCUGCUUCUGCCUUUGGCGGCUGGCCAGACUCUUGAUAUCCACAGGGAUUUGCAGUUUUCAGGGCAGGGUUAAAAAGGCCUUUGUCAAGAAGAGCUUGGGAAAGCCAACUCGGUCCCUUGUAGAAAGAUGGACAGCUGGUCCAGUGUUAGCCCUGCCCUCAGUCGGCAGGAGGAGCCACUGCGCUCUGCUUCUCCCAAGGCAUCAAGUGGGGGCUGGCAGGGGUCUGCCAAGGAUCGGAGCGCAAGUUCAGGCAGAGCCUGCUUUCAGCACUCCAGCUGAUAUCUCUUGACAUUUCAGUUUCAGGAAUGGGACUGUCCACCUUUCCGAAUGUUGGCAUUGUUAAGACAGCCUUUUGGAUGCUGCCCCUUCUUUCAAUCUCUGAGCACUCUGUCAUUUUGAAGAUUUUCAAGUAAUUACUUUGCAAGAUGCUGAUUAAUUGUAGUAUAACAGGCGCAAUCUUUCAGACACAAAUCAUUGUUUUAUUGUAAUAAAUCUAUUGUUACAGUAUUUAA